UGGUGCGCCUCCUUCGUUGGCAAAUGUGAUGGUGGUGUCGACUUGCUAGGAUGGUGGUGGCUUCCCCUUAGCUCAGAUUCCCAGUUCACCCCAAUCACACUUCCCCGUAGACACAUACGUGUCCUUGCGCAACGUAAAGCAGAGAAGAACAAAUUCUCGCCAAACUACGUCUACGAGAUGGAAGACGUAUGGCAUAUGGACGGCCAAGACCGCUCCCCUUCCGAAUCCUCCUUGCCCGUGUCUGAACUGGGUACAGUCACUAGCGCUCCUCCUUUCAGAGUCAACGCACUCGGAUCAAGCGUCCCCUUUCUCCUCAUGCACCUCCUUCCCCCGACGCCCAUUUUCUUCCGAUUUACGUAUUGAAACCACCCUCGGAGGUGUUGGCUCUGCUUUCUGGAACCCCACUCUUGGCGAUGCGCAAGAUCUUCGCGGGGAACUUGAUGUUCGAUGGGAACGUGGUCCGGGAGAUGAUGGACGGCCUGGCUGUGGUGCCGUGACAAAAGAGUGCAGAACUGGACGUUGGAUACGCAUGGAGAGUAUAUCAACGCCCUUCAGGACAUUGAUUCAUAGGAUGGUGAUCCAUCUAUGGAUGACUCGAUUCAGGCGUUGAAUGUUACGCUACCAUUACUAAGUAAUAUGUAUGUAUACUACGUAUUCCUCUUUGCUUUGAUCACACUUGAGACUCACAGGCGCCACUAGGUGUCUGGAUAUAUGUCGGGUCCGACUCCCGAGCUCAAGCGAACUCCAUAUCUUAGCGCUCGCCGCCGAUGGAUUUG